AUGGGAUUUUUCCAGGCAAGAGUACUGGAAUGGGUUGCCAUUUUCUUCUCCAGGGAAUCUUCCCGACCCAGGGAACGAACCCAGGUCUCCAGCAUUGCAGACGCUUUACCGUCUGAGCCACCAGGGAAACCCAAAAAAUAUGCUUUAGUGAAUUAUAAAUAUUUUAUGUUUAAAGUGGUAGAACCCCCUCUAAAAAAAAAAAAGAAAGAGAAAUCUUGGUCUAAUAUUGAAUACAAAUCAGAAGAAGAGGAUGGGGUUAACUUGCGAUUUUUCUUUGAUGAAGCGGACUUCACGAAACCAUAUACAGAUUCAUGGAACACAGUUUGA